GUUCCCGUUUGAAACGACGGGCUGUGGUCUAUCUUGGUUUUCUUCUACAGAUCUUUGGUGGUCUUCAAUAGGGCUGUUGUGUGUUGGUGAGGAGAGGUUGCAGCUAGCCCUGGGAAAUAUUCAGUGUGGAAAGAAGAAAUAAUAAUACAAAACAGUUUUACUAAGAGUGCCCGUGUUUAUAUGUGAGGAAUUUGCAAUAAGCUGCAUAAUUUACCGAGGAUUCAAGGCAGGGAUGAGAAGAGGUUGGUUGGAGGUCACCAGAGAAACUCUAGCAUGCUUUUUGACUUGACAUUUAUGGUACGUCAGGAUGAAACGCCUCAGGUCUUCAAGCAGCAGUGACAGUUCUGACAACGAGAGUCCUUCCACCUCCUUCUGCUCCUCUAACAAGUAUGGAAGUAAACCUGGAACCCCUGCCUCCGUGCCCAAGAAACCAGCCGAGGUGUUCAGGAAAGACCUGAUCAGUGCCAUGAAGCUUCCAGACUCUCACCAUGUCUCCCCUGAAGACUAUUACCUGCUGGGAGACACCUGGAGACAGGAGUGGGAGAAGGGGGUGCAGGUGCCAGCCUUCCCCGAAACCGUCCCGCAGCCCUCCAUCAGGACCGUAGAGGAGAAGCCUAAGGAGGUGUUGUUCACCCUACAGAAGCGGUAUAUCCAGUGCUGGAGUCAGCCCUCUACGGAGACGGGUUACGUUAACAUCAAGGAGCUGGCCGAGGCCAUGUGCUCUUAUGACCUGGAUAACAUGGACCUCUACUGGCUGCAGACACUCAACGCUGAGCUGGAACACAUGGGGGAGGGGCCUGUAGACGAGCUGACGCUGGAGCGCGCCAUGGAGGCGUUGGAGCGUCAGUGCCAUGACAACAUGAACCACGCCAUCGACACGGUAGAAGGGCUGGGCAUCGAGUACGACGAGGACGUCAUCUGUGACGUGUGUCGCUCCCCAGACAGCGAGGAGGGCAACGACAUGGUCUUCUGUGACAAAUGUAACAUCUGUGUUCACCAGGCGUGUUACGGUAUAGUGAAGGUACCAGAUGGUAACUGGCUGUGCAGGACGUGUGUGCUUGGCAUCGACCCCCAGUGCCAGCUGUGUCCUACAAAGGGAGGGGCGAUGAAGGCUACGAGGGCGGGCACCAAGUGGGCACACGUCAGCUGUGCCCUGUGGAUCCCUGAGGUGAGCAUAGCGUGUCCAGAGAGGAUGGAGCCCAUCACCAAGGUUUCCCACAUCCCUCCGUCCCGCUGGUCUCUCAUCUGCAGCCUCUGUAAACUGAAGACUGGAGCCUGUAUACAGUGCUCAGUGAAGAACUGCACCAUCCCGUUCCAUGUGACAUGUGCCUUCGAGCACAGCUUGGAGAUGAAGACCAUCCUGGAUGAAGGAGACGAGGUGAAGUUCAGGUCCUACUGCCUGAAGCACAGCAAGCCCAAGAACCAGGCCUCCUCCGACCCACCAGCCCCCGGCCUCAGCCCCUGUCAACCAGCCCACAACAAGCAGGCCAAGGCAGGGGAGCCAGGCUCCGGUCUCAGCCCCUCUGAGCCAGCCCAUAACAAGCAGCCCAAGGCAGGGGAGCCAGGCUCCGGUCUCAGUCCGGCCCGGCCCAAACCCCCCGUAGACCCAGAGAGGGGGGGCCUGAGGGCCCAGAGGUUACUAGAGCUGGAGGAGGAGUUUUCUACUCUGAUUCACCCGGAGGAGCUGGCCCUGAACCUGGGCCUCCCUCCCACCUUGCUGGACUUCAUCUACCAGUACUGGAAACUGAAGAGGAAGAGCAACUUCAACCGUGCUCUGCUGCCCCCUGGUGAGGAGGAGGAUAACUUGCUGCUGUUGCCUCAUGAAGACAGCAUCCACACACGAAUGAGGAUGUUCAUGCAUCUCCGACAGGACUUAGAGAGGGUGAGGAACCUGUGUUACAUGGUGAGUCGGCGGGAGAAGCUGAAACUGUCUCAGAGCAAAGCCCAGGAACAGAUCUUCAACCUCCACGUCAAACUGCUCAGCCAGGAGAUCUCCGCUGGUCUGCCGGUGGACAGCAUGUUGUUCCGGCCUCCUCCCAGAAUCACCCUGAAGCUGAAGAUGCCCAAAGUGUCGCUGGGUAACGGGAAGACUGGCCCCAAGUCAGGCAACGGCCCCCUGUGUCCAGAUAACAGCGGGAACGUUCACCAACGCAGUGGGGGAGGGAAGGGGCUAGGGAAGGGAGGGGGGCUGGGGAAGGGUAAAGGAGGAGGGAAGCCUCAGCUCCAUGGACGAGGCAAGAGAGAGGAGUGCUCCAAUGGCAGUCUGCUGUCUGCUUCAGGUCAGUCGCGUAGGGAGGGGAGUAAUGCCGCUGGACCAACACUGACUAACCGUGCCAGGGGCUCAGCCCUGACCAUUAAACAGACUGGCAAGCCUCUAAUGGGUAAGCCGUUAACCCUCCACGCCGCUCCACAUGGCCACCCUUCCAAUGGAAACGGCAAACUGGACCAAGAGCAGACGGGGCCCGUCCCUAGGUCCAACGGCGUGAUGGAGAAGAUGGUGGCCGUGGCCCAGAAGGACAGCUCUUGUCAGACCCCCAGCGAACAGGAAACCAGCGAGGGUUCAGGGGUCAAGGCCAGCCAAUCAGUCAGUUUCAGUGAUUCCACCAUGGAGCACUUCAGCCGGUCGUUCAAGGAGGCGACGGUCAGCUUGGUGCGGACCACGGAGGACCUGCGGGGGGACAAGCUCUCCCAGGGGGGUAAAGGCACCAGAUCAGCCAAGGACCGACCCUGGGCCAAACCAGUUCCUGGAGUCCCCCUGGGACUCGGUGGUACCAGAUCACCACCCUACCAGGAGACGGAUGGAUACUGCCCUGACCUGGAACUCAGUGACUCGGAGCCAGAGGCUAAAGGUCAGAGGUCGAGGCAGGGUAGGGUAAAGCAGUGCCUGGGGGGGUCCAGUAGGACCUCAGUACAGAGGUGACAGCCAUGACAUGACCUUUGCCCCGGCUCUGUCAGAACGAGCAGCUCUCUGGUCACGGGGCAGAGCCAGAGCCCCUACAAUGGCUGGGCCAUCUAUCUAUUGUACACAGGGACACAGGGACAGCAGCACAGGACUGAUGCAUGACAGGCGUCCUGAACCAGAUCAUCGCCUCAGUGGGACUCUAAGCCACAUGUCUUCUCGAAUGGAUUUUUUGUUCUCUCUUCCUUCAUGCUCGGUGGGAACGGAACGCCCUUGGACUGUCUUCUGAUUUAAACUACUUGUCUUUUUUAAUUUCUCUCUGCUCUCGAUAGAAAUGAUUAGAUCCUGACUGAUGGGGGUUUCUUUUUUUGGGGGGGAGGGACAACUUACUGAUGUCGAUUUAGUGAUUUGCAUCGGAGAAAUUAAAGUGUAAUUUUUCCACACUGAAGACUCGUAAAUUGCCAUCCAAAAUAGCAAUUGUCCAAUAAAUAUGCUUGAAAUGUCUAAUUUUAUUUUAAUUUUUAAUUUUCUUUUUAAUUAUAAUUAUUUUAUUUUUUUCAUCUUAUCGGUCGCGCUCUAUAAAUGAUUUUCUGUUCCCCAUCUAGGUUUACAUCUACAUAAUAGGUGAAUCUACUCAACCUCCCCAUCUAGGUUUACGUCUACAUAAUAGGUGAAUCUACUCAACCUCCCCAUCUAGGUUUACGUCUACAUAAUAGGUGAAUCUACUCAACCUCCCUCUCUGUUUCUUUUGCGAUCUCUUGAACUGCCACCUGUCCUUUCACAUCAUUUCAGAUGAGGAAACUGGUCGAUGAACUCAGUUCUUCCAUUAGUCUCCUAUUUCCAGAGGGAGUGUUGGAAUCUCUUUCUAAGAGAAUUAUUGUUUUUGAUAUGUAUGAAUAUGAAAUUCACUGACUGUGUAUUGGUAUGAUUUUGUAUCCUUUUUACUAGGGAAUAAAUAGUAUAUUUAAUCAAA